AAUUAGACCGACGGUAGUUAAACGUCGGUUAAUUGUCGCCGUUGCCCCACCCUACUGUACACUGCGCGCUUUCAAAUAAACCCGACAAGAAAUCUCCAUAAAACCACUGGCAUUCGCUAAUAUACGCGAUAAUACGCACGUAAAAGCAGGCGUUUUGGACGCGUUCACAGCCGAGUCGGUGCGCACGCGUUGUCAGGUGCUGCAGCGUCCAUAAACGCCCACCUACAAGAGCACCAGACGAGAGCUGCGCUUAAAUCCGAGAUGGCAAAAGCAGACCAACGCUUUGGGCAGAGAGAUGGAUCUGAUCAGAACUUUGACUACAUGUUCAAACUCCUGAUUAUUGGCAACAGUAGUGUAGGAAAGACCAGCUUUUUAUUCAGAUAUGCAGACGACUCCUUUAGCAACUCUUUUGUCAGCACAGUCGGCAUCGACUUUAAGGUGAAGACAGUUUACAGGAACGACAAGAGAGUGAAGCUCCAAAUAUGGGAUACAGCGGGACAGGAGCGGUAUAGAACUAUUACAACAGCUUACUAUAGAGGAGCCAUGGGCUUCAUCCUCAUGUACGACAUCACAAAUGAAGAGUCCUUCAAUGCAGUGCAGGACUGGGCAACACAGAUUAAGACCUAUUCAUGGGAUAACGCUCAGGUGAUAUUAGUGGGGAACAAAUGUGACAUGGAUGAGGAAAGGGUGGUGCCUUUUGAAAAGGGGAAACACUUGGCCGACCAGUUAGGGUUUGAGUACUACGAAGCCAGCGCCAAGGAGAACAUCAACGUCAGACAAGUAUUCGAGCGCUUAGUUGACAUUAUCUGUGUGAAGAUGUCCGAGAGAGUCGAUACGGAUCCACCCAUGGUCACCGGUGCCAAAACCACCCGGCUAACCGAUAAGCCGCCCCAGCUACCUCAGAAUUGUUGCUGAUUUCCAUCUCGACUCAUGUGCCAACGUAUCAGCAGCAGAUCCGAUGUUGUUUGGUUUGAUCUUAUGUUAUAUGGCGACUGGAACCAAUCUGGGGUGCGUUUUAUAGUAUGAUACAUCGUUAGAAAAAUUAACUAGCUAGUGACGACUGUUUCUGGAAAUCGUAGUAACAUGGUUGCACCUUCAUCAUUUAAACAUGUUGGUCCAACAAUAUAGAAUUGUCGUUAAUGACGUCGCACACAGGCAUUGGAGUAAAAACUUCUGAUAAAUAAUCGAUUCGAUAGUUUAUAGUUAAUUUACUCAAACAACAGAACGCUGUUCAUUUUUUAAAAUCACGUUAACAUGUAGUAUGUAAUUGGCGUACACUUUACAUUUGGUUGUUUCAAUAAGCAUCUUCUCUAUAACGUAAUUUCUAACUUUGACGAACGUAGCAUCUAAGGAUUGCUUAACUAUUUUGUUGCCCUUGUUUUUCUUUAUUUGAUGUACGAUUCAUCACAUGUUCCCUUUUCCGUCAUACUCCAGGGUUCCCGUAUGCAUUUACACACAUGCGCACUCUUCAAAAAUGCUGCUCAUCGUUGACACGCUAAAAUACAUAUAAAACAAUGUAUAUUUAGACGGCAUGCUAACAAGAAACUAUGCUUCUAACCACAGACCAAAAGUAGUAGUUCCUACCAUGCAAUUUUGCGAAUGUUCCUUGGAACUAUGGUUUCGGGAAACAUUGAAUCAUUGUAGAUAGCGACAGAACUUGCGACCAUAGUUGGCUAACGAUGCGGGAAACGCACCCUUGUUUGUUUGUAGCUGUCAAACACAUGAAGUAGUUCAGUAAUAAUAGUACACUUCUAACUUAAUCAGUCCAUAGGAAACUCAAAGCAGGGACUAGAGCAAAGCACAAAAAACUAUUACUUGGCUCUCAGAACUUAAGUGUUCACUGUUGAAACUAGAUUUAAAACACAAUCUGUUGUGGCACAAUCUUGCUAAUCUUAUGAAUUAUAUAUUGAGUGUAGUAUAUGAGUACUUUUAAGGGGAUAGUUCACCCAAAAAUAAAAAUUGUCAUC